AUGGAGGAGCCGGUGGCUGCCCACCCCACCCCACUUUCGGAGAAGCAGGCCCAACCAGAAGGCAAAAGUCCUCCCAGGAUAUUUUGGCUCAUCCUCUCUGUGAUUCUGGCGUGUGUGAUUACCUGCAUCGCUGUGGCGGGGGUGCUCCGCUUCACCCAAAGCUCUUCCAAGCCUCUUUUUCAAGUGGUGCGCUUAAACUUCCAAAACCGCCCGGGGUCCCAGAUGAACCAGUCGGCCUUUGUGGACAAGUCCAGGAACACCGUUACUUAUUAUGUCACUUCCUCAAGUAACCGCACCACAGCAGUCCUGUUUGAUGGCAAGAAUGGUUAUGUUUGCUACAAGCCUGCUGAGCAAAAGAACUGUUACCUGAGAAUGAUGGACGGCCAGGACUGGGAGACCGUGCAGGUGUCUUUCGAUCUUUCCCAGCACCGGGUGGAUCAGUUGCCCCUUCCCAACGACCGGACAAGGUACUACCGCGAGUUCCUGGGAAUCGUGCCGGGGAGACCCGUCCGGCCUGAGGAAGCAGGCGAAGUCAUCCGCUCCUUGUGUGAGGAAAUGCCCAUCUACUGGGUCAAGAAGAAAGACGGCCCAGCCAAGCAACGACUCAUCUACCUGUGCAUCGACAUCUGCUUCCCAAGCAACAUCUGCGUCUCCAUCUGCUUCUACUACCUUCCGGAGUGAGCGGCUCAGGAUCCAGAGCACCCACUCCCCCUCUUU